CACCGGUUUGACGCAUGCGCAGUUGGUCCACUUCCUGGUUCCUAGCAGCUACACAACAAAAGCAGAAACCCUUAUGUUUUCUGGAUUUUCUUAACUGUUAUCGUAUUCUUUAGUCCCGGUGUCCACCUGUCCUUCUGUCUGGCUCUCCGUUCUGCCUCCAUGCGCGCUCCCGUCUGCGCGGCGCUGUUGGUUUGGCUGCUGCAGGAUGCGGCGACUCAUCACUUCACCGACGAGGAGAUGGGUGCUGUCAGACAGCGCAUCAAAUCCAUGUUCUACCACGCCUACAACAGUUACCUAGACAACGCCUUUCCCUACGAUGAGCUCCGCCCACUCACCUGUGAUGGACAGGACACCUGGGGCAGUUUCUCUCUGACUCUGAUCGACGCUCUCGACACUCUGCUGGUUGUCGGAAACCGAACGGAGUUCCAGCGCGUGGCAUCGCUCCUCCUGGACACCGUGGACUUUGACAUCGACGUCAACGCGUCUGUGUUUGAAACCAACAUUAGAGUGGUGGGAGGUCUGCUGUCAGCCCACCUGUUGUCGGGGAGGGCAGGGAUGGAGCUGGAGCCUGGUUGGCCCUGUUCAGGACCGCUGCUGAGGAUGGCCGAGGACGCCGCCAGGAAACUGCUGCCUGCGUUCCAGACUCCCUCCGGGAUGCCGUACGGCACGGUGAACCUGCUGCAUGGCGUCAGUCCCACCGAGACGCCUGUAACCUGCACCGCCGGUGUGGGAACCUUCAUCUUGGAAUUUGCCACCCUGAGUCGACUGACUGGAGACCCGACGUUCGAGAACACUGCUCGCCGAGCCCUGAGGUCGCUGUGGAAGACCAGGUCCGACAUCGGACUGGUGGGGAACCACAUCGACAUCCUGUCCAAGAAGUGGGUGGCUCAGGAUGCCGGCAUCGGGGCCGGAGUGGACUCGUACUUCGAGUACCUGGUGAAGGGAGCGAUCAUGCUGCAGGACGAAGAGCUGCUCAGCAUGUUCCAGGCGUAUGAUCGGGCCAUUCAGAACUACACUCGCUUCGACGACUGGUACCUGUGGGUGCAGAUGCAUAAAGGAACCGUCUCCAUGCCGGUUUUCCAGAGUCUGGAGGCCUUUUGGCCUGGCCUGCAGUCUCUGCUGGGGGACCUGGACAGCGCUGUGAGAACUUUCCAGAACUAUUACUCGGUGUGGAGGCAGUUUGGUGGUCUACCAGAGUUUUACAGCAUUCCUCAGGGUUACACUGUGGAUAAGAGAGAAGGAUACCCGCUGAGACCAGAGCUGAUUGAGAGCGCCAUGUACCUGUUCAGGGCAACAGGUGACCACACCUACCUGCAGCUGGGCCUUGACGCUCUGGAGUCCAUAGAGAGGAUCGCCAAGACGCCGUGCGGAUACGCCAGCGUUAAAGACCUGAGAGACCACCAGCUGGACAACAGGAUGGAGUCCUUCUUCCUCGCAGAAACCAUCAAGUAUCUUUACCUGCUUUUUGACCCUGCCCACUUCCUGCACGGAGGAGGGAUGGAGGGGGACGGGUCCUGGGAGGAGGGCGGUGACGCGGGGCAGUGUGUUUUAGGUGCAGGAGCAUUCAUCUUCAACACGGAGGCUCAUCCUCUGGACCCGGCGGCGCUCUACUGCUGCAGUCGUCAUGCCCAGGACCGCCAGGAGCUCUGGGAUAUCCUGCUCAGCCUAUCGCAGCCCAGAGCAAAAACCAGUGGCCAAUCAAAACGUCCAGCCAAAGAGACUCAGGACUCUCCCCACGCCCAGUCAGACAGCAUUGCUCUGAAGCCGGGAGAGAAGAGGACGCCCCCCCUGCUUUCCUGCCCUGUCCAGCCAUUCAGUGCUCGACUCGCCAUCCAUGGACAAGUUUUCACCGACAACACCUGAGACCGAACGCCGCGGCUCACAUGGGCUUCAUUCAGGGACUGAUUGGAGGCCGGGACGCAGCCCCUCAAUGGAUGAAGAGUCAGGACUUCUUUCACCAUUAUGGGAAAAAAUGAAGUUAGAAAAUGUUAAAUAUGUUUUGUUUUUGUUUUGUUUUUUAUGCGCUCCUCAGAAAAUUUUUAAGCCAUGAAGAAGCUUUUUGUAUGACUCCACACCUUCUCCUCAUUCAGUGAAUGUGGACCUGUGGACAUGCUAAUCUAGCCCAGCCCACAUCUACCCCCAUGACAUGGGAAGCUAUGAGAAGUUAGCUGAGGCUAGUAGAGGCCCUUACGCUAAUUGAGAUAUUGCUAGCUGCUUGGAUUCGACCCAGAAAUGACUAUGUGGUUGCUAGCUGCUAGCUGUUAGCUCCUAGCCUGUCUAGACUCAUGCUUUAGCAGCGGCUCACUCACCGAUCUUUGAUACAAAUGGUGACAACAGACAUGGGGAGUCAAGUCUGGGACAUGGACAUGGAUACACAUUGACUUCAGACUUGACUUAGACCUGCAAUUUGAAAUUUGUGAACAAUUUGUCUUUUAUUCUUGAUUACCUGUUUGAUCUUAUGUCUAAGGUUGUCACUUUUAUUUAAUUAAAAAAUUCUAGCGUAUUAUAGCGUAGUGUAUUAAACGCUACCAUUAAAGGCAAAAUAAGUAGCACCUAGUGUUUCAAAUCAGAACUGCAGUCGAAAGAGAAAAACACGGAGAGCGUCCCCCCCUCGGAGAGUUUCACGUAGGUUGCUGGUUUUGUCCAGCCCCUCUACAUUCAUAAAAAUACCAUAAACUGAAGUAUAAGUUUAGAAAAGCAGACCAGACAACAGAUUACUCUUUACAAAUAAAAGUGACUUGAGACUUGACUUG